CAGAACAUUUAAAGAAAGGUCUUUUAGAGCAUGAGAAUUAUUUUCAGACAUUAAGGAAAUCGUUUGAGAAUAAAAAGAAGAUGUUGGAGACAAUGACAGAGAAAGCUGUGAUGGAGCUCAGUACCCAUGGUCUCUCUGUUCAAGAGGUGAGUUUACAGACACAGGAUUUACAGUUGAGUCUGAAUAGACAGAAGGAAGAGUUACAACGAGAAUUAGAUAGAUGUUCUCAUAUAAUAGCAGACACCUAUGAUAAAUAUUUAUCAAGCCACAUUCCAAGUUUAGAUGUUUUGCCUGUGAAAGUCAAUGUAAUAAUAGCCAGAAAAAACAUACUCAUACCUGACUUGGUAUUUCAGCCUACAGACAGUUUGAAAGAAAUUCGAGACAAUGUUGAGUCAGCCAUGAUAAAGAAGCAUAACCCUGUACAGGAAUGGCAGAAUGAUGUUAAAACAUUUCUAUUUGGGCCCUUUGCAAAAUGUAGUGAAUGUGAAAUGGAAAAGAUAGUUAAUGACUACCUCACUAGUGGUACUCUUAUACCAGAUGUACAAAUAGUCAACGAGGGUUGUAUGCUGGGUCUACAAUAUGCCAUGAAACCAGGAAGUGUGAUCCUGAUAUAUGGUACAGUAAAAUUAGAGAGCGACCUACCAAAGAAAUGUUUUGCUGACGUGUAUAAGAAGGGUGACACCAGUCAACGUGUAGAUUAUUUCUCGUGCAAUAGUUGCUCAUUUAAAUGGAUAUGCAGAUCUUGUAUGGAAGCUUGUCAUACAGGACAUGAUACAGUACCUUAUAUAAUGCAUCAUCAACCUAACUGGGCAUGCUGCUACUGUCCAAAGAAGAAAAUGUGUAAAAUCCAGACAACAGGAUGAAAGUGUUAUUGCUGUAAAGGAUAAUUUAGAACAUUACAGAAUGUAUAAUAAAUUCCUUUAAUAAAUUCCUCCUUUACCAUUUAUAUCAUUGAUCUGACAUAUAAUGGUUAUAUACAGAUUGUUUCCUUAUGACCUAACUUGACACAAUUCUCAUUUAAUGCAUUUGUUACCAAAUAGUAAUUAUGAAAAAAAAAAAAAAAAAAAAAAAACUUAAGGAAGUGGUAUAAAAUAAAAAUUCAAUCUCUCACUGUUUCAGUUUGUGAGACUGUGAACAAUUUGCUUCUCUAUUGCCACACUAGAUAUAGAAGUUUUUUUUCACGCAGCUGUCUUAAAAAGUAAUUAAUUACAAACAAAAAUAAGGGCGUGAUGUAGAGUAAAAAUGCCAGGUUGUGAUCAGUGUCAUUUUAAAGUCAUCAUAAUCUUCUAGAUGAGUAAACACAAUUAAAUAAGUUUUGUUAAUGCUUUAUAAAGAAUUUGAAGCUGCAUACCUCCAAAUGAGCAAAAAUAUUUCAAGAAAAUCAAACUUGAGAACAAUGUAGGAAGAUUUUAAGAAAAGUAAAAAGAUUUAAGAUUUGAGUAAUAAUUUAUGUGAUAUGUGUGAUUAUUUGCAGUAUUUAUCACAUUCUUUCUACUGCGUUACUAACACAGUAAGGGCGAUUUUUGCAUAUUGUGACUUCUUUAUAGACAAUUUACUUGGAUUGCAAGCACCGUUUACAUUGUAUAAAUUACUUUCUUUCUAAACUUCACAAUGUUAACUUGUAUAAAUAUCCAUAAUUCAUAUAAUAUUUUUCAAGUUGUAUACAAAAUAUGAUAAAAUUUACAAUUCAUAUUGAAUCUCCAUAUUCAUAAGAGAGCAAAGGUGUUCUUUGUAUUUUUGCAUAACUUAUGUAAUUAACAUGAAUUACGGAUACUUUACCAUAGCUUAAACUAUUUACUCGAUUUUUCUCUGAUAAAAAGCGAGGCAAAUCCAUUUCUUUCAUUACUAAUUGAGGCUAAUCAUUUUCACUGAUAUAACUAUAGACAAGUGAUUUAGGGUUCCCUUGUCUUAUGGUUUAGGUCGUUUACUACAAACCACUUGCCCUUCAACGCUGUAUAUGUAGGUUUGAAUUCUGCAAAGGAACUUUGAAUUCUCUCAUGUGAGGAAUGUAUCCAGCUAUUUCACGUGGCUCUCCUCGGAUGUCCGUUCGGGCCUGAAAUAAUGCACGGAGAGGCAAGUGAGGUCUUCAGUAGUUAAGCUAAAAAGUAGCCGUAUGACUACUAUGUUGAUGCGACGUAGAAUAUAGUAAAAAACAAGCCAUUGUCUCCCAGCUAUUAUCAAGAAGAGUAACUGAUGAACAUGUCUUUGCUUCUACCUUCAUGUAAUGGUCUGUUUUGGGUGUUUAAUUAUGUCUUUAAAUCAUGUAUGCAUUGCUAUCUCGGAAGACAGAUUAAUGUUGAUGUGAUACAAUAUAUCCACAUGUAUUUUUACAGGUGUUUGUUUUUGUUACUGAAUUAUGAACAUUAUAUGUUAUCGAAUUUUGUUAAUAUAUACCUAAGUGUUUUAAUAAAGAUUCUUAAACAGAUAUAAAUUGUUG